GCUUCCAACAGGCCCCGCCGCCGGGAGCCAGCCCCUCUCUGACGCCCUAAGCUCCACUGCAGGGGUCUGGAGCCAGGCAACCUCCAUCGGGUCUCAGUUUUGUCAUCGGAAAGCCCGCUCCCGCUGGCUGGGGUACCAUCUGCUAAGCGUCUCCCGGCCAUGCCCAAGGGAGGAGGUUGCAGCCCGAGGGAGGGGUCUCGGAGCAUUCCCGACCCACCCGGGCAGGAGCUGCCGCUGCCGCCGCGGAGCGGAGGGACCGGGAGCCCGCGAGGCCGGGGAAGGGCGGGCCAGGAGAGGGGUCACCCGCCCGCCUGGGUGCGGUCCGCGCGGCGCGGGGCGGCGGCCACCGGCACCCCGACCCCGGACGCACCCCCCACCCUCCAGCCUGCCGCGCUCACCUGCCGCGCGCUCCCGCUCCGCCGCCGCCAGAGUGGCAGCCCCAGUGGCCGCGGGCCGGCCCGGUUCUCACCGCGGGCGGGGAAGGAGGAGCGGCCGCAGGCGCCCCCCGCUGGCCGCGUGUCCCAGGCCCCGGGCGCAGGGGCGGGAUCCGGGGCGGAGGACUGGGGGGCGCCCGGGAGACCGCGUCCCCGCUGCAGGCGCAGCCGCCCCCGCCCCAGCUACCCCAGAACCGCGGGAAACCUCCAUCGCGAGGGAGCUGGCGAGCUGGGGUCGCGGCAGGAAGGAAAGGAGUCCCAGCAGGACCUUCUCCAGGUUACGCUGAUGCUGCAGGUCCUUGGCAGACUGGGUGGCGAGGCUCUGAGGCACUGGAGUCCAAAUGAGGCUGGAGUCCCACUCUCAAGAGAUUCUGGUCCUUGGGUGAGGUCUGGGAAUAUGCAUUAUUUUUAAAACCCAGCUCCCAGGAUGUUUGUGGCCCAAAACCUCACCCCCAGGCUGGAGGAAUUCUUUGGGGAACCCCACAGCCUGCUAAUUCCUACAGAAGCACACCGCUGACUUAGCCACAUUGAUUGACAGAGCUUUCCCCAAGCUCUUAAAUAUGUGCAAGUAACCAGGAAUCACCAGAAAUCCAUGGACAGCCUCAAUCCCACAGAGUCCAAAACAACAAAAGAGAAAACAGCUAACAGAGAUUAUGCAGGCAGACAACCUAACAAAAUGAUACCACUCAUACCCUCAGAGAUUCCAAACAUAUAUUGUAACUAGGAAACAAAAUCGGAUACUGUUUUUUAACAAAGAACAUCUGGGGACAAGAAAAGGACUUGUAAAGUAAAAACAUAAUAACAGAAAUUUAAACAACAGAAAGUUUCGAAGUGGAACAAAAAGUCAGGGAUGGAAAAUAGAGAAGAAAAGAUAAAAUGAAAGGAAUCAGUCCAGGAGAUGCAACACCUGAAUAAUUACAGAGUUCCUGAGAAAACAGAAAGGAGGGGAAAAAAUAAUUCCGGAAGCUUUCCCAGUACUGAAGGAUAUGCAGUACCACAUCAGAUGCACCAUCACAUCAAGUUCCCAGUGCAGUAGAUGAAAACAGGCUUGCCUAACUUUUGUAACACAAAGAGGAAAUCCUAAAACUGUCUAGAAAGAAAGGUUACAAUUCUCACAACAACCCUGGGAGUGACGAAGCAAUGUUUUCAAAUUCCAGAGGAAAGCUGUUUUCAACCCAGGAUUCUAUACCCAGCCAAACUAUCAAUUGAGUGUCAAUGAAGAACAAAAACAUUUUUGGAUGUCUACUGCCUCUACACACUUUUCCAGAAAGCUACUGGGGGAUGAGCACCAAUGAAAGGAGACAAUUUAUCAAGAAAGAGGGAAACAAAAGACACACAGGAGAGGAGCGGCCACACGAGAUGCAUGGAGGAAAUCGUCAUUUAGGAUGAAGUCUGUGUGCUAGGCACAGCUGGCCAGAAACUCCAGGACAGGUGCCUCUGAGAAGAUGACAGUGAUAAAAUACCUUAUGCACUACGCAUUUAGAGGGACUUAGAACAUUGGCAUAGUUUAGAGUGAAUUAGUAAACAACAUGGAAAACAAAAACUCCAGGAAAAACAAAAAGAACUUGUGCAGAAAAAGAAAUAUCAUACAGCUCAGGCCAGGCACUGUGGCUCACACCUGUAAUCCCAACACUUUGGGAGGCCAAAGUAGGUGGAUCACUUGAGGCCAGGAGUUUGAGACCAGCCUGGCCAACAUAGUGAAACCCUGUCUCUACUAAAAAUACAAAAAUUAGCUGGGCAUGGUGGUACCUACCUGUCAUCUCAGCUACUCAGAAGGCUGAGGCAGGAGAAUUGCUUGAGCCUAGGAGGUGGAAGAUGCAGCGAGCUGAGAUCACACCACAGCACUCUAGCCAGGGUGACAGAGCAAGACUCCAUCUCAAAAAAAAGAAAAGAAAAGAAAUCAGACAAUGAGGCAGGGAAGAUAGGACCCAAGAUAGCUUGGGCCCACGAGGUCAAGGUUGCAGUGAGUCGUGAUUGUGCCACUGCAACACUGUAGCCUGGGCAACAGAGCAAGACCCUGCCUCAAAAAAAAAAUUUUAAAGAUAAAGAAAAAUAAAUAAACACAGCUUAGUUGAUAAGACUAGCCCUUACACAGCCCCAAUAAUGUAAACACUGAAUAUUGGGCUAAACAAAAUUUAAUUUAAAUCUAUUGGGAGGCUAGGGCACAGUAAGUAGUUCAGGGGUGGUGGGAAGUCAACACAAUUUCAAUAACUAAAAAUCAAAAAUCAAGAAGUGGCAAUAGAGGUCUAUUAUUUAGAGACAUGGAAGUAAACACAGCACCUCAGAAAACCACCAAAAGUUGGAAAUGGCUGCCUUAGAAGAGGGGAAAAGCAGAGGGAGGGACGGAGGACAAAGUGCUUGUAGUCCCAGCUGCUUGGGAGACUGAGGUGGGAGGGUGGCUUGGGCCCAGGAGUUCCAGACUGUAGUGGGCUAUCAUAGCACCUGUGAAUAGCCACUGCACUGCAGCCUCGGCCAUACAGCCAGACUCAACUCUUUAAAAAAAAAAAAAUGAAAUAAAACACUAUUUGGCUUUAAAUUAUGACAAAACCGGUGCCCUAUUCCUAUCCACCUGCUUUCACCUGUCUUGGCAGGGCCCAGCCCACCUCCCCAGUGCCUCUGCAGCCCAGCCCUGUGGGCACCGGGCUGCUCAACACCUGUCUCAACAGGUUUCCCUAUGUCGCCUGCUAACUUCACAUCUCCCCACAGAGACGUCUUAGCCACUGAUGUCUGACACGUGAAAGCACGAUUUUCUUUCUUUUUUUUUAGACGGAGUUUCGCUGUUGUUACCCAGACUGGAGUGCAAUGGCACAAUCUUGGCUCACUGCAACCUCUGCCUUUUGGGUUCAAGCAAUUGUCCUGCCUCAGCCUCCCGAGUAGCUGGGACUACAGGCGUGCACCACCAUGCCCAGCUAAUUUUUGUAUUUUUAGUAGAGACAGGGUUUCAUCUUGUUGACCAGGAUGGUCUUGAUCUCUUGACCUCAUGAUCCACCCGCCUCGGCCUCCCAAAGUGCUGGGAUUAUAGGCGUGAGCCACCGCGCCUGGCCACGAUUUUCCCACCUUGUGACUAUUUUGAAGGGUGCUGUGUAAAGCCACAUUCCCGAAGCCACUUGCUGAGUGAUUUAAGUACCAAAGUGGUUUACAGUCUAAAUUGAGCGAUAACUCUUUUGAAAAUGGACACACCAUUUAAAUAAGCCACUUGAUGCUUUUAAUAACUCUCUCCUUUCCUUUCAUUUUAAUGUUGGUGUUAAACAUUAAGGCAUAAAUUCUACCGCCACAUAAUGAGAAGCCUAAGAAAGUGAUUUCAAGGAAAACACCUCCUUAAAAAAAAAAAUCAUUGCCCCUUUCUGGCUUAGGGAGCUCAGUCCCACAGCUACAUAUCCUCUCUUUUCCAAUGUAUUUUCCAGCAGAUUUUCCCAACAAAAUCUGAGGCAGUACUCUGCCUUCUCUGUCCCCCAAAACUGGAUUCUUCUUCUCACCUUAGUUUCCUCCCUCUACUCAUCGUAAAAUUAAUUCUACCCUAAGACUAACUUAUAUUUUAGAAACAGGGUCUCACUCUGUCACCCAGGCUACAGUGCAGUGGCACCAUCAUCUCACUGCAGCCUCAAACUUCCGAGCUUAAGCAUCCUCCAGCCUGUCUUCUGAGUACAUGCAUAUGCCACCACACCUAAGACAGAUAACUUAUUUUCAGUGGGAGUUUUAAUUGCUGCUGCUGCAAUUAUUGGAGGGUCUUAAAAUUAAAAUAUUUUUAAGGGGUAGGUGGUGGAGAAUGACCAGUGUAACUGUUUCAUCAGUUUGCCAAGGGUGACAUAUUUUUAAAAAGUGGAAAUACAAUAUAGGAAAAAAUAGCAAAGCACUGUUUCAGAUGACCACGUUAUAUUUAUAACAUUUAAACCGGGAGCGGUGGCUCACGCCUGUAAUCCCAGAACUUUGGGAGGAUGAGGCGGGCGGAUCACCUGAGGUCAGGAGUUCGAGACCAGCCUGAACAAUACGGUGAAACCCCGUCUUAAAACAAAAAAAAAAAAACAUUUAAA